CAGAGAAAAGCUCCUUUACUUACAUGUGGGCUGGCACGAAGCUGAAGAAACCCACUGUACUGUACCAGUAUACACGGGUAUGUACACACCAGUGCUGCAGUCAGGGCAUCAAUUUUGUAUAGGAAAUGGCUAUUGAGGCAGCGCAGCAACGUCAGCUGUAAAGCACUUAGGCUGAGCGUGCCUCCCUCUCUCUCCCCACUGUAACCACGGGCUGAGAGGAGGAGGGUUCCGCCUUUUCUGUGCAAUGGGGGAGAAGAAAGCGCUUGCAGCAGAAUCAUGUCUGCCUCCGACUCGAGCGCUACAGGACUCAUCUGUAACAAGGGUUCAGCCGAUUCCUACACUAGUCGACCCUCGGAUUCCGACCUGUCCCUGGAGGAGGACCAGGAGGCGUCUCGGCGUGAAGCCGAGCGCCAGGCUCAGCUGCAGCUAGAGAGAGCCAAGUCCAAACCGGUAGCAUUUGCAGUGAAAACCAAUGUGAGUUACUGUGGGGCCCUUGAUGAAGAUUGUCCAGUCCAAGGUGCUGCUAUUAACUUCGAAACCAAAGACUUCCUGCACAUAAAAGAGAAAUACAACAAUGAUUGGUGGAUUGGUCGACUAGUGAAAGAAGGGGCAGACAUCACAUUCAUCCCGAGCCCAGUCAAACUGGAAGCCAUGAGGAUAAAACAAGAGCAGAAAGCAGCAGCAAGGAAAGGAGGGAACGCUUCAUCUGGAGGCUGGAGGUCCACCCCGCCAUCUGCAGCCAAACAGAAGCAGAAACAGACUGAGCAUGUUCCUCCAUAUGAUGUGGUCCCUUCUAUGCGGCCAGUAGUGCUGGUGGGCCCUUCGCUGAAAGGCUAUGAGGUAACAGACAUGAUGCAGAAAGCCUUGUUUGACUUCCUAAAGCACAGAUUUGAUGGCAGGAUCUCUAUUACACGGGUGACUGCUGAUCUGUCACUGGCGAAGCGCUCGGUGCUGAACAAGAAGGCCAUAAUGGAGAGAUCCAACACACGCUCCAGUCUGGCUGAGGUCCAGAGUGAGAUCGAGAGGAUCUUUGAGCUGGCCAAGUCCCUCCAGCUGGUCGUCCUGGAUGCAGACACCAUCAAUCACCCAGCACAGCUCCUUAAAACCUCUCUGGCUCCCAUCGUCGUAUACGUCAAAGUCUCCUCGCCAAAAGUCCUUCAGAGGCUGAUUAAAUCUCGAGGGAAGUCACAAAGCAAACACCUCAACGUCCAAAUGAUGGCAGGAGACAAGCUAGCACAGUGUCCACCUGAGAUGUUUGAUGUCAUCCUGGAUGAGAAUCAGCUGGAGGAUGCAUGUGAACAUCUUGCAGAGUACCUGGACAUUUACUGGCGUGCUACGCAUCUCCCCUGUUCUGCCCCUGUUAACCCCUUACUGGACCAAAGCGUGGUCACCCCACCCUCAGCUGACUCCAGCCAGCAGUUUUCUGAGACUCAAGAGUUGAUAGAAUGAUCACUACCACAGACAUAGGACGCCUGUGCUGUCGGCUGGGGUCAGACUAGGAGGGCAUAGAGCACAGGGACCAGGGCGCCACCAGGGGGCAGCAGCAGCCCUCAUCUCUCCAAAGCCAGCCACCACCUUCUCUGGCUACACCUGGGGCGAAGAAGAGAACAAGAGCAGAGUCCCUCGGGAGAGAAAAAGGCUGGUGAGCUGAUGGACGAGGAAACACAAAACCAGGGAGAGAAGCAAGAAGAGGAGGACGAAUCAAGAGAGGAGCCUCUCCACCUCACUGCUGCCCCCUUGGGAAGAGCUCCCUGCUCCCACCGCCACGUGACAACUCAGGGCCGCUUUCUACAGCUGCACGCCUACUGCUAACAAAAACCAGUACAGCAGUGCAGUCACUGCACACCACCUCCCCACACCCUUCCUCCCACCCUGACCUUGAUCCCAACUAUCUGCUUUCACACUGGAAGUCACAUCCCCCACCUGGCAAUGCUGAGCCAGCCCAUGUGUGAUCAGACCCCCAGAAGUGGCUAUCCCAGACACACAUAGGCUAAUUCAGCUCUCAUUGUAGACAAAUUACACACCUGUGAAGGCAGAGUAUGUUAGCAUACAGAAUUGUAGCAUAGCAACGCUAUCAGUAUAACACGAAAUACAAACAUGAGUAGCUUUCCAUUGUCGGGUUCGCAGUGUUUCCUCUCUGAUAAACCUGUCUUCCCCCUCUGGCCAAAGAGUGCAGAGAGUGACAGAAAACCAAGUGUGUAUGUCCUCCAUCUCUACAGCUCUCUGUGAGCUGGCAUUCCACUUUAACCAAAUGUUUCCUCAAAGGCACAAUUGUUUCUAGCAGAGUCAACAUCGUCUCACCUGUGUUGGGACACCCAAGGGAAACUUUCCUCUUCCUUUAUCACUUAUUUUCUCUUCUUGUUUAUCUAGUAGCCUUUUUUAAUUAUUCUUUAGUUCCAAUUAUUUUUUUUUACAGUAAGUAUCUAUACUACUAUAUAUAAUUCAUAUCUUGGCUCUCACUAUAGCUGAUCACAUAAGUACGCAACAGUGAUGCAAAACUCAUGCAUGACAAGCACAGACUUGCACAUGAACAGUCUAUAUGCAUCUUUUGUCACAGCUGUGAAUGUAUAAAUGCUGGUCCAUUGUCUUAGGAAGGAUUAUUUACAAUAACUGUGGUUUGUUUGCAGAUGGUUGGUAGCAAAUCCCAUAACCUAACUAAAAUGAAGAAAACAAUUUAUCCAAAAGAAAUAAAUUAAAAAAUAUUCUUUCUGACACAAUUUGACAAACUCAGAGAUAUCAUUUGUAGCAUAACCAGAUAUCAGGAGAUUCACUGAUAUUUCACACAUGUGUAAGUUACUCCAAAAAGGACAUAUGCAUUGCUCCAGUGUCAGGCUUUAUGACUCCUUUAUUGGAGAAACCGUACUCUUAUAACCAGAUGUUGUAAAUUAUGUUUUUAAAAAUUGAUAAUUAACAUUGGCUGUUUAUAGUUUCUUAUUUCUUUGUUUAAUAGGAGAAAAAAAUGAUAAAUUGUGAGAGAUUGAACAAACACAACGUGACUUGGUCUUUUCCAAUGGACUGUAAAACAUAACAUUUUUAUUGAUUAAUAACACAGUUAAAUGUUGCCUCAGCAUGUGUGCUGAAUGUAAUUCUUGGUGAAAUUAGCACUAAAAUAAACACAGCACCACAAAUUACACAGUCAGGAACAUUUUUUUAUUUUACCACAUCACUUGUGUCAUUUACAUCUCACACUUAGUGGUAACUGAAGAAGUGCUGGACUAUAUAGACAUCAAUGGAGCUUCAGAAUUAUUAUCUCAUAAUCGUUUGGCAUUAACAGCUAAAAUAAGCAUGUACAGCAGGCCUAUAAGUAUAUGAAGGGGGACCUCUGGUGGUAUGGUUAUGUUAUUCUUAUAUCCAUAUGGGAAUAUGUACAACUUCCAGUCAUAGCACUAGUUAAAUGUCUUUUCUGAAUAUAACAAAAGCUUCAUUCAAAUGUUACAUAGCCACCAAUUGUCUCUUUUGUGUUUAUUCAAUCAUCUAUUGGCCUCCAUUUCAUAUCUUACAGUAUAAAUGAAUGCAUCUCAAUAAUUCACUGAGGUUCUUUACAUUAAUGCAUCUGCUUUUAACAUAUAAAACUAUAUAAUUCAGCUAACAUACCACUAAUGUAAAUAACCAAAUGUAUGUGCAUGACAUAUGUAUUCCUGUUUCAUCAGAAGGGCUUUUUAGGACCAUCCUCACAUGAGCCAUUCAUUCUUCAUUGUAAAUCAACAUGAGCUGCAUAACCAGUCACAUGUAUCAAGGCUUAAUUGUACAUGCUGUAUAUUCAAUAUGCAGAUAUUAUUAUUAUUAUGAAAUUGCACAGAACAACAAAUGCAGACAGGUAGAAUGGUUUUAGUGACAGUACACAAUUCUAUACUCAAUGCCUCAGAAAGCAUGUAUUGAUACGUAUUUUCCUCUCUUUUUAGAAUGAUGCACUACAGUUAUUUAGGGCCACCGUAAAGUUUGCUUCCACUGACACCCACAUUCAUUUCUGAAGGACCAGGUUUGAGAUAUAUAACUUCUACUUGAUAAAACACAGAGAGCACAUUACCUUCUUUUGAUUAAACAAAUAGAUAUAUUAAAUUGUAUUGCAGGACAUUUCUACGAAAGGUGAAUUAUUCUUUGGACUUCCAAAGCACAAUUUUUUACAAUUAUAAUUUCCUAUUGCGUUUCACUUGCCUAAAUUCUGUAUGCAAUACAAAGUCUAGCAUUGACGAGACACUAGCUGAGACUAUCAAGGUACAGUAUCUCCUCAGUUAUGAUGGGGUAUAAUUGCACUAUUAUCAUUUAUAUGUCUGCUUUACAAUGCAAUAAAUGCACUAAACGUUACGCUGUACCCACCUCCAAUCCUGAACAAGUUAUCUGGUCUGAUGAUGAUGUCAACAUUUCAUGCGGUUUCUGACAAGUCGGCAAGAUAAAUGAUAUCCAACUGUCUGAUGAUGAUAUGUACAGGGUGCAUCUUUUGUCUAUAGCACAUUUGAAAGAGGGGGUGAAUAAAACACAACAACAUUUAAGUA